UUUUUUGAUUUCUUCAUAUUCACUUUAAUUGUCAAGCUAGUGUAAUAAAACUGUAAUUUUUACAAACUUCACUGAAUUGUCGCCCAUCAAAUCGACAAAUAUGAAUAUCGAGAUUCCGGUAAGAUUAUGGAUAGCAUGCAUGUGCUUUUUGACUUCUUUUACUAGCAUCACUACUAGAACUAACUUUUCUAUAAGCAUUAUAUCGAUGACCACGAACACGACGAAGGUUAUACCGCUUUGCAGCUUGAAAAAUAAAGGAAACGAUACUGGCAAUUUUAAUAUAUUGAUUAACGACACUCAUGCGAUUAAGGGAAAACCGUUCUUCGAUUGGGACGUUAGGACAAAGGGAUACCUCCUGGGCGCCUAUUCCUACGGCUACGUCGUGUCCAAUUUGCUGGCCGGUAUAAUAAGCGAAUAUUUCGGGCCCUACACGGUGAUAUUUUGGGUGCACGCGCUGGCCGUUGUUCUCAACACGUGCUGCGUGCUUUGCGCCGGGAUCCACUGGAGCUUGAUAUUCAUUUUCAGGCUGUCGUUGGGCAUCGGAGGGGCGCUCGUGGACCCGUCGUUGCAAUUGUUGAUCGCCCAUUGGGCGCCGCCCGAAGAGAAAGGAAUGUUUUCCACGACUUUUAUGGGAUGUUAUUUAGGUACUGUUGUAACUUGGUGGGUUGUUGGUCUAAUAACGAAAAUUCUCGGGUGGGAUUGGGGAUUUUAUAUAAUAAGCCUGCAGAAUUUCCUGUUCUGUUUGCUGUUUUUCGUAGUGGUUGCAGAUUCUCCGGAAACUCACACGUGGAUUAAAAGCCAGGAGGUCGAGUAUAUUAAGGAAAAGCAAAAUCAAAUCGUGAGAAUUAAGAAAAAGAUAUUACCGCCGUAUAAAGAUAUUUUGUCGAACUACCAUUGUUGGUCGCUGACGCUGUGCCAAGUGGGUAGCGAUUUCGGUUUUUAUACGCAACUUUUUUUGGUACCGACGUAUAUCGAUGAGAACAUUGGUUACGAUGUGGGUUGGGCGAGCGGGUUAUCCUCCAUACCCAUCAUAUUGAGCCUGAUUUUCGGCAUUUUUUUCGGUUUCGUCUCCGAUUGGAUAUUAAAGAAAGAACUGCUAAGAAAAAUCAUCGUGCGGAAGUCAUCUGCUGUUAUUUCUCAUAUUAUCCCCGGAAUUCUAAUUGCAUGCGUAAUUCCGGUGGGUUGUUACUUUAAAUCUUCAAUGAUUCUUUUUUCUGCUGGUAUGUGCUUAAACGGCGCCAUCGUGCAGAAUUUGUUGAUAAAUCCGCAAGACCUCGCGCCGAAUUAUUCGGCUACAAUUCAGAGUUUCAAUAAUUUUUUCUCUGGAAUGACUGGGUUCAUUGUGCCUGUUAUCAAUUCCGAAUUCACCAAAAAUCAGGACGCAACGAAGGGAUGGGAAAAUACAUUCAUAUUAUCGGGAAUAGUUUACAUUGCCGGCGGUCUGAUUUGGAUAAUAUUUGGUUCCGUAGAAGAGCAACCUUUCAAUAGAAAACUGUAUUCAGAAGAUGAGACCUACGGUUACGCGUACCUAUUGUCGCCGGAGGCGGUCGCCAGCAACUGGAGCUGCGUGUCGACCGAGUCCUGCGAGAGCUACUCGGAGGACAAUUACAAGUCGCUGUCGCCGGAUGCGAUAGGGCGCAGCAAGAGCCGCGUGACGCCGGUGGUGUUGCGGAAGCGGCGGUUGGCGGCGAACGCGAGAGAGAGGCGGCGGAUGCAGAACCUGAACCAGGCGUUCGACAGGCUGAGGACGUUCCUGCCGCAGCUCGGCCAGGACAGGCAGCUUUCGAAGUACGAGACGCUUCAAAUGGCGCAGACAUACAUUACGGCGCUGUACGAUUUGUUGGAUCAACGCGAUAGCGCCCAAUGA